ACAACAACAACAACAACAACAACAACAACAACAACAACAACAACAACAGUAUCUCAAGCUUGAGUGGUCACACCAGAAGUCAUGAACACAGAGAGAUGCACUCUCUCUUCCAUGUCAAGGCAAAUGAUGAUAGAUUCAAUAGCAGCACCGGCUCCAUUCUAGAAGAAGGAGACUGGUCGUUCCUCGAAACAAUCAAAGACCUUAGGAAGAGUUGCUCUGACCUUGACGUAAUGGAGAGCCAUCGCAGAAGUAGCAGCCGCCGUGGAGUUCGAGCUCUAUGUAGGAUUCUCUCCAUUGAUACCUCCGACAGCGAAAGUGAUGGGACUGAAAACACUCGAACGAAAGUCUCGUCGUGUGCUGCCAUUGCGAGUGAUGAUGACAAGGACAGUUGUGGGCAUUCAAACAGCUCUGGAAAUGCCGACUCCGCUAGUAGCAAGAGCAGGUCUAAAAGCACCAAUGGUUCUGCAGAGUGUUCAAGGGUUGAACAAGGAGAAGACACUUGUGAAACUUCCCAGCAGAAGGAAUCAGCGGUUGAGGCCGAAGCGCAGACUGGGUCUCGUGCACUCUUAAACCAGCUCUUCCAGGGCACGGUUGGUAACCCGACUAGAGAGACAAAGCGGCGCAAGUCCCAUGGCUCAAUUGAUGAGCUCCUCACUGGCAAAACAAAACCAAGUCUGAAACGUAGAGGCUCGUGCCGUGAUAUCAACAAUAUAGCUUCUUUUGGAAGGGUUGACAGGAUUGAUGAUGCCGGAAGCACACCCGCAAGAGUCGACCGGGCGGUUGAUGCUGGUAGUACACCGGUAAGAUCAAGCAAACGAACCUCAAUCAGACGGCCUCUUCGGAGCAAAGAUAUCUUGGAGCUCGCCAACAGCUUCAGUGACAGCGACACCGACACCGACGAUGACACUGAUAGCGACGUGGACAGUGAACUGGAUGCGAAUGUCGAUGUUGGGGCAAAGCAAGUGUUAUCUCGCGAAAGAUCCAACCGAGAGCUAUCAAGCUCUCCGCCAAAGCGAGAUAGCAUGAGAAGCAAUGCAAGACGCCCUUCACGAACUAGAAGCAUUGCUCUCGAAAAAGGCGCUGGAAAGCAACGGCCUGAACAAAUCCAACAGAGACGGAGAUCAACGAAACCUUUGAACCUCGGUUCGCCCAAAGAUAAGACCAACCCUCCGUUUGGCAGGAGUGCCACGGCACCAUGUUCCUCUGACCGUUGGUCCUCCAACCCAUCCAACUGUUCCCAACAACCUCAACGAAGCAGCUCGGAAGACAUUGGUGUUGAGCUGAAGCAUCAAAGGCAGUCGGAUAAGAUCAAUGUGAAGGCCUUGAUGGCAUCUUAUGACUGGAAGACGCUUUCCGAGUCCAACGAUGUCACAGCAAAGACCAGGCAAGAAAGACGCCCGGUCAAAAGGUCAUCCUCCACACCCAACCUUCAAAAUGGCAAGCAGAAACGUGAUGGCUCUAGGGCGAGUUUCGUGAUAGGAAACAGGAGUGCAAGGAAGAGCCGCCGUACUUCUUCAAGGCGAAGCACGGUCGAGUCACAAUCAAGCCGCAGUGCGAGCCCUACAACAAUGAUGAAACCAAAAUCGAGAGCAUAUGUUCAACAGAGGAGGUCGUCAGAGAAGGACUUGCUGGCUAUUGUACCCAAACCAAAGCGAUCAUCGUCAGCGCCCUCACUGUUGGACGUGUCAACAGAGGAUCAGGAUCAAGACCUCUCCUUGGAGCAGCUCCUAUCUGAACCACAACCUCUUCGGAGAAAAUCUAGCAGCAGUGGCCAUCUCAAUGUCGGCGGGGGUAGCCGCCAGCAAAGACGACUAAGAUUUGUCAAAGCUCACAGAGCAGCAGAAGGUAAUACGAUAUGGAGGUCAUCAUCGGACCGCUCACUGACCUCCAAGAAAAAGACUAAGGUGAAGUCCAAUGCCAAGGACUCCAAGGGUCUACCUAAUCCCAGUACCAAGGAUAGCAAUGGGAAGACAAGUGCCAGUGACAAGGUCAGAAGGAGUAGUGAGGUCACAGAGUUCACAACAAACAGGGCCAAUCGGCUUUUGGAGCUUCGAAAAAACUGGAAAGAAGCGUCUAGGCUUGUGGAUUCCCAGCCACCCCCUCAAGUUCAGCUCAAUGCAACGGGCAAGAGGAUUUCGGUUGGACCAAUGAUUGGUUGAGAUUGAUUAUUGUGAUUGGCAACGAGUCCGAUGCAGCAUUGGUUCCGGUGUUUGACUCGUUGAAAGAAGACGGCACAAGCCUUCAAAUCAUUGGAGUCUCUGAAGAGCGAUUGAGAGUGAUUUGAAUCUUUGGAAUCUUCAAUCAUCGUUGAGCUCUGGCAAGAAAGGCCAGAAGAGCCAGCGCGGCCUACGCGUAGUUGCAAUGAUAAUGUCUAUAGUAUGGCUUAAUCACAGGG